AUGACUACCAACGAGCUUCCAGACAUUCUCAGUUGCAGCAAAAAGCUCCUACUAGGCCGCAGAGAUGGUCUCUCCAUUGAGGGCGGUGUUUUCUGGAAUGCAACUUGUAUGGACUGUUCACAGCUUGACGAGAAGCGAAAUGGAGACCAGGCCGCAGAAACGGCCGGACCCGGUGGGAAUCCAGCGGCGGUGCAGCGGUGGGAGAGCGCUGUAGCUUCUGCCGUCGAGACCUGGAGCGCUGUGCCGGGGGGUUCUGAAGCAAGCGAAGAGACGACUGGAGGUUUUCGAGGCGCAGCAUUUUUGCGGUCGCCUUUUGCGGCCGGCCUGGUGGAGCGCGCUUAUCCCCAUAUUCCGAACCUCCAACCAACAUGCCAGAAACUUGCAUCCAGUGUCUCAAGCCCGUUGCAGAAACCGCGCAGAGAGAAAGAUUCCAAGAAAGAACGCCUGGAGCACGGCCUUUCAGGUCUCCCUUUGCGGUCGAGUGUAUCGAGAUAUAGAAACAGUAGGGCUUUCGAUUACGAUUACCGGCGCCAAGGGUCGGUGGCCCGGCCUGGCCGUGCUCCAGGAACAGCAUUUGGAUCUGCAAACGGCUUGGGGACGAGGCUGAUAACGCCAUCUUACACGUCCUCCGGCCCGGACCCACAUCCCCGGCUGAGGCCCCGGUCCUGUGCCGGAGUCGAGAGACCAGUCAGCGGCCGUUCCAUUGCACUGGGAUUAGGCUUCGCUGGUGUUGAUGCGUUCACAGCCCCUCUGCAAGGUGUCUUAAUUUCCUCCCUGGCCAUCGGCGGACCGCAUUGGUCCUCUGGGUGA